GACAAGGCACUGUUCUCCUCAUACACACUCUCUACUUUAAAACCCUAGAGCCUGCUUGAAAUUUGGCGCCCAGAUUAUUACGCGUUUAAUCAUUAUUUCCUUCAUCCCUGGAGAAGCAAAAGGUGUCUCCAGUAGUGAUCUGUGAUGUUUGAGUUUUCUCCACAUUUAUUGUUUCCUCUGUUAGUGUUUUUGUUAUGCCCUUAAGACUUUUUUUUUAAUUUACCCACGGCGUCCUCGUCUACUGGAAUAUCGUCACUUCUUCUUUGAACAGUCUUGAACAAUGUUAACCGAACCGUAUGGAGCCAUGUCUAUGGGGUCAGAUGUGCGGGAUCUGACCCUCCUAAAUUCAGCGCCUCCCGUGCCACCCUUACCUGGAGGUGGCGGAGGCUGUGGGAUGUCUGUUGGCAGUGGCCAGUGGACCCAGCUGCUGGACCUUCACCCUAGCUCUCCCUACAGCUCCCUGUCCUCCCACCCCUCGUUAAUCAAGCAGGAGCCAAGUUGGGGGACGACUGACUCCAUCGAGGACCCUCACUGUGGACUUGGGGCCUUUACGGUGCACUUCUCCGGCCAGUUCACAGGGUCAGGCCCCUGUCGAGUUGGAGCCUUUGGAGAACCAACUCCGGCUCAACCCAGAGUGUUUCCUAGUGGAACCUACCUGCCCAGCUGCAUGGACAGUCCUCCUGCAACCAGGAACCAGGGUUACGGAGCGUUGGGUUUGGACAGCAACCCUGGUUGUGGUCACACCUCGUCUCACCACACGCCUCAGCUCACCAGCCUCUCCUUCAAACACGAGGACACGCUGUCACCGCCAAACAACAUAGUUGAACAGCAGUAUGUGGCUCCUCCUCCCAUGUUUGGGUGCCACAGUCCCACAGAUUCUUGCCAGAGCAACCAGGCCCUGUUGCUGAGAAACUACAACAGCGAUAACAUGUACCAAAUGGCGUCUCAGCUGGAGUGUGUCACAUGGAAUCAAAUGAACUCCCUAGCAUCGUCCAUGAAGAACAGUAGCCAUACAACCAGCUAUGAAAGUGAACCCAUAGUCCCACCUCCACCCAUGCUCCUCAGUGCCGAGUACCACAUACACAGUGUCUUCAGAGGACUACAGGAUGUCAGACGCGUACCUGGCAUUGCUCCUUCUGUCGUGAGGUCAGAGGCCAGUGAGAAGCGUCCAUUUGUAUGCGCUUAUCCCGGCUGCAGCAAGAGAUACUUCAAACUGUCACAUCUGCAGAUGCAUGGCCGCAAACACACUGGUGAGAAGCCGUACCAGUGUGAUUUCCCCGACUGUGGCCGCAGAUUCUCUCGCUCAGACCAGUUAAAGAGGCACCAACGCAGACACACAGGAGUGAAACCCUUUGAGUGCGAGACGUGUCAGAGAAAGUUUUCACGGUCAGAUCACCUUAAGACGCACACUCGGACACAUACAGGUAAAAAAAGUGAGAAGCCCUUUACCUGUCGCUGGUCCAACUGUGAGAAGAAGUUUGCCCGAUCUGACGAGCUGGUGCGCCACCACAGCAUGCACCAGAGGAACCUGACCAAGCUGCAGCCUGCCAUCUGAACAGCAAGAAGAAGAGGAGGACGAUGAAGGUGAUAUUAUGACUGACGCUUGCAGCUUGGUCAGCGGUCACCGUGAUGUGAUGUGAUGAUCGCCUCCCUCCCUUGGCCUCCGUGCAGAUGAUGCUGAGCAAACGGACUCACAGAUGAUCCACGAGAUCUUAAAGAUGCACCUCAACCAGCACUCAGACUUUAAGAGGGUACAAUACCAAAAGUAAAUCUGAGCCAAGAAGAAGAACAAGGAAAAUAUUGAUUUACUAUUUUGGAAAAUAUCUGUACACUUGCACUGGCUUCUUUUUUUAAUUAUUGGUAAAACUGUCACCUUGAUAAUGUGCUGGAUCUUGUAAACUGGAUUUAGGUAAAAGCUGAAAUGUCACUUUUUUUGAACACAGAACUUUUUGCUUUGGGGCAACAUUUGCAGCAUUAAAAUAACCAAAACACUCCAGAAUAGUACUACAUUUAAAUCUUUUAGUGUUAUUUUAAUACUAAAAGAGUUACAUACAUGCUGGAUUAUUGUUAUAUUGAACUUUAAAGUUAAAAGAGUUCAAAUGAACAUUUUUAUACCAGAGUGUUUAAAACUGACUCACUGCAAAAUUGACUGUGUAUAUUUUUACAGUACACAUCACCAUCACCCAAUUGCUUUGUAUAUAUUUGUAUUUGCUUACAAUUAUAGGCAUU